AUGGCUCUUUUUGAAGUAAAGGGAUGGGACCUCAAACAGAAAGAAAUUGUUUCUGGAGACCAAAGUAAAAGCAAAAAGAAGAAGAAGGCUAAGAAAAAUGAACCUGUGGAUCUUAAGGCUGUAAAGUCUGUAGAUUUGGACGAAAAGGUUUCCAAAAAGAACGACAAAAGAACUCCUCAGCGAGAGAAUAAGAGAAAAAACAACGAGGAUGACGUUCCCAGAAAAAAGGCGAAGGCUCCCAGUGACACGAAGAAGGAAAAGGUGAAGUCUAAGGAGCCAGAAAAUGCUCCUGCCAAAACUGAUGCACCAAAACCUGCUGCCCCAAUCAUGAGUUUGAGAGGUAAAUUGACUCCAUUGCAACAAAAAAUGAUGGCAAAGCUCUCAGGAUCGAGAUUCAGAUGGAUAAACGAGCAACUAUACACUAUCAGUUCCGAGGAGGCAUUAAAGUUGGUGGAAGAACAACCUUCGUUAUUCGAUGAGUACCAUCAAGGUUUCCGUGAACAGGUUCAGUCUUGGCCUGAGAAUCCAGUAGAUGUUUUCGUUGACCAAAUUCAAAAGCGUGGCCUGUCUCGUCCGGUAAAUGCUCCUGGAGGACUUCCAGGAAUUGUCAACGAGGGUAGAAAGCAAGUUGUGAUAGCCGAUAUGGGAUGUGGAGAAGCCCAGCUUGCGCUCGAUGUUAACAAAUUUAUUGCGCAGCAUAAUAAGAAGAAGAAGAGAGGAGGUUUGGACAUAAAAGUACACAGUUUUGACUUGAAGAAAGUGAAUGACAGAAUCACAGUCGCCGACAUAAAACAUGUACCUUUGCCAGAUAAUUCGUGCAGUAUUGUGAUCUUUUGUCUCGCAUUGAUGGGAACAAAUUUUCUUGAUUUUAUCAAAGAAGCAUACCGGAUUUUGGCUCCUCGUGGAGAGCUUUGGAUUGCUGAAAUCAAGUCGAGAUUCACUGAAUCGGCAGAAGCAAGAACUAUAAAACCAGAAGAUGUUGGCCAUGAGUUUGUGGAGGCAUUGAAGCUUUGUGGAUUCUUCCAUAAAAACACAGAUAACUCCAACAAAAUGUUCACUAGAUUCGAAUUCUUCAAACCUCCUCCAGACAUCAUUGAGGAACGCCGAGCAAAAUUGGAGAGAAGACACAAAUUUAUAGAACAUGAGACUGAAAAAGAGGAACUUGAGUCGAGAAGAACAAAGGACCCAGAAGGUAACUGGCUUUUGAAGCCAUGUAUAUAUAAGAGGAGGUAG